UGCGUUUCCUCCAUGCGAUGAGAAGCGGAAGUUAGUGGAGUAAAUUGCGCGGGAAAAGUCUCGUUGCCGGAGAAUGGAAAUGUGGUUUUAAUAAUCUUAACGCCGAAAAAAUAACAUAAAACUUCCGCGAAAAGUACGGAGAUUCAUCGUAAUUAUUGCUUAGUAAUUGACGGAAGAGUUAGCGAAAUAUGGAAGCCUUUCUUAAGAAGCAGAAAUCUAAACCCAGCUCGUCCAAAGACGUUCCUUCUCAACCUAUUGUAAGAAAAUCUGUAUUGAAGCCGUGGGUAGAAAAAUAUCGCCCCAGGACAGUGGAUGAAGUUGCAUAUCAAGAUGAAGUUGUGGCCGUACUCAAAAAGAUUCUAACAGGAGCAGAUUUACCAAAUUUAUUAUUUUAUGGCCCACCAGGUACAGGAAAAACAUCAACGAUUUUAGCAUUAGCUCAUGAAAUGUUUGGUGAUAUGUAUCGCGACAGAAUCCUGGAAUUAAAUGCUUCCGAUGAACGUGGAAUCCAAGUAAUUAGAGAUAAAGUUAAAAGUUUUUCGCAGAGAACAGCCAGUGGCGUUCGACCGGAUGGUAAACCUUGCCCAGCAUUUAAAAUUAUAAUUCUUGACGAAGCAGAUGCCAUGACCACCAGUGCACAGGCAGCAUUAAGAAGAACCAUGGAAAAAGAAUCAAAGUCAACUCGUUUCUGUCUGUUGUGUAAUUAUAUUAGCAGGAUAAUUGAACCUUUGACUUCAAGAUGUUCAAAAUUCCGUUUCAAGCCGCUGCAUAAAGAUAUAUUAAUAAGCCAGUUAAGGAAGAUAUGUGCAAGCGAAGAUGUUAAAAUGUCAGAUAAAGUUAUGGAAGAACUCAUUAAAAUUUCCGAAGGUGAUUUAAGAAAAGCCAUUACCCUACUGCAGAGUGCUCACAGGUUAAAAGGACAGAAUGACAUCACAUUGGAAGAUAUUGGAGAAAUUGCAGGGACCGUCCCGACCAAGUUACUCGACGGUCUAUACGACGCAUGUUUGACGGAUUCGUAUGAAAAACUGGAAUCAUAUAUUAUGGAUAUAAUUUAUGAAGGAUAUUCAGUCAUUCAGUUAAUCGGUCAACUACACGACUACAUUCUCUUUCAUAAAGACUUAAAUGGAAAUCAAAAAUCCGAGAUCAUCGAAAAACUCGCAAUUUCAGAACAUUGUCUUCUGGAAGGUGCAGACGAAUUUCUUCAAUUGAUGGACGUGUGUACAGUCGUAAUGCAACAAUUAUGCCAUCCGAGUUAAACCGUAAGAUAUUACUGUAUUUGUAUAUUAAGAUAUGGCAUUUAUUUUGUAUGCGAAAUUUAUAACAGAAUGAUUAAUAAAGAUUUACAAUUUUUUAA